UUAAGACGUCAUUAGAACGCGACUCUUACCGAAACUUUCCUAUUCUGCUUUUGCGGAGGCUCCGUCUCAUGGCUCUCGCCGCGUGCGGGGCCCUUCAGGGCGCCCCGACCCGCUUUACCCCGUGGUUGCGGCUGGCUUUCCACCGCUGGGUCCUGCUCCGCCCGAGCUCCGGCGGGCCGCCACCCCCACCAGAGUCGGAGAAGGAGAAGGUGGUGCGGAUCCCGCGCGCUUGGCAACUCCGGCUGGAGCGGGGCUCCUUGAGGCCCAGAGGAAAAGGCGCCCCCGCAGCUGACCUUCCCCGGACCGGGAAACUUUUGCUGCGGAGCCGGCGGCCGGAACUCAGUCAAGCCGCUCGCCACACAGUGGGGCGCUGGGAACAGCCGCUCUUGGUCUCGGCUGGCUGGAAGCAUCGCUUGUCUCGGGGGGACUAUUUCCAGCUGCAGCGAAUGCGACAGGAGUCGCCUCAAGAGCGAGACCCUGAUGCUGCUGAUGCUGCUCCUUCCUCUUUCCAAGCUCUGGGAGUGCAGCCACAGCUGGCCUCCAUCUUAGAGGAUGUUCUGAGCAUCUCUAAGCCCACUGCUGUGCAGAUACGUGCCAUCCCUCCCCUGCUGACAGGGUGCAAUGCGCUGUGUGCUGCAGAGACUGGCAGCGGGAAGACCCUGGCCUACCUACUGCCCCUUAUCCAGCGACUCUUGCAAUCCCCGGCCUUCACAUAUGGGGCCGCUGCUAUCCCUGCCCCCCGCUCCUUGGUGGUGUUGCCAUCCCGGGAGCUUGCAGGACAGGUGCGACGUGUUGCCUCUUACCUGUGCACUCCACUGGACUUGCAGGUGAGGGAAAUUGGUGGUGGCCGGGGCAAACACUCUGUUCGGCAAAAGCUCCGGGCUGGUCCUGCCGAUCUCUUGGUGGCCACACCGGGCGCACUGUAUAAGGCUUUGCGGAGAAAGGGAUUGUCCCUGGAAAAGCUGUGCUGCCUGGUGCUGGAUGAAGUGGACACAUUGCUGGAUCCCACAUUUGUAGACCUUGUGGAAGAUGUGCUUCGGCAUGCCUUCUUUGCCACUAGCCCUGAGGAACUUGGUGAUGUUUGGAAUCCUAAAUCCCAGUUAGUGGCUGUAGGAGCCACCCUUCCAAAGGGGUUGGGUGACCUUCUGAGUAAAGUCGCUGAUCUGAGCAGCUUCAAUGUCCUGACCAGCUUUAGUCUGCAUCGUCUUCAACCUCAUGUUGAGCAAAAGUUCGUGCGUCUGAAAGGCGCUGACAAGGUGGUGGAGCUGUUGCAGCUUAUGAAAGACCGGGGGCCCUCAUCUGGAGCUGUUUUGAUUUUCUGCAACAAGGCCAGCACUGUCAACUGGCUUGGUUACAUUUUGGAUGAUCAUAAAAUUAAACACCUACGCCUGCAAGGACAGAUGGCAGCACGUGAGAGAGCUGGCAUCUUUGGCACCUUCCAGAAAGGCGAAUUUGACAUCUUAGUAUGCACUGAUAUUGCUUCCCGGGGUCUGGACACCACCCACGUAGAGCUAGUUGUGAACUAUGACUUCCCACAAACAUUGCACGAUUACCUGCAUCGUGUUGGGCGUAUUGGUCGCACAGGCAGUAAGUUCCCUGGGACUGCAAUUAGCUUUGUAACCCACAGGUGGGAUGUGGACCUUGUCCGGAAAAUAGAAACUGCAGCUCGUAAAAGGACUCCAUUGCCAGGGAUGGAGCCUAUUGUUAAAGAAGCUUUGUAUAAAAAGAAAAAGGUCUGAUUUUCACUAAAGGAUUCCAGUUUAAAGUGAUGUUUGAAUAGGUACUUGACUGUCCUGCCAGGUCCCAGGUCCUUUCUGGAUGUUUUCUAGUCAGUUAUGGUAUCUUCAAGAGGAGAUGAAGGUAAAUAAUCUCUGCAUAAAGGUUUCGCUUUUAUUUAACUCCAUUCCAGGAUCAAGAUAAGAGACGAUGAUCUAUCCGAGAAUCUGAAAUUGUUCUAACAUAACAAGCUGAGCAAAACUGACAUAAGGACCCUUGACACCACCCUCACAAAUGUUCAGAAGCUCCAGGCUGGCUGUGUUAGUGCUCAGAUAAGUGUUGCAGACCAUGCAUUAUGUUCAGUUUGUAUUAUGUGUAUGUUUUUCAAGGUGUGUUUAGCAUUUUUUCAGAAAAAGCCACUUACUUUUUCCAGUAAAAACAACCGUGAGAGCCUCUGUCCUGGAUUAGAACGCUAGCACAUGGCAGGAUGGGCUUCUUCAGGAAAAAUAAACUGGCCAGCAUGUUUGGUUUUUUUAAAUAUGCUUAGCAUAACACGUAAUUGCACUCAGGUCUGCAUCCUUGAAUCGAUGUCCUUGUUAGAAUGAUCAAUAAACCCAGCUGGUUUCAGGGUUUGAUAAAUCACUUGCUUUGGCAUGCAUACCUUGGACUGUAAAAAGGACUGUUCCAUUAUGUUCUUUGUAGGAUAUAAAUGCAAUAUACGGCUGCCAGACUGUGUUAAAAAAGGUAUUGAAUAGGAAGGAGAACAAAAGUAAAUUAGAUCUACCGGUAGGAACUGUUAGGACAUCCCUUUUCCCCUCACAGAGCUACAAUUCCAUAUAU